UCGGAAGGCCUGCGAUAAGGCGGAAGUGGAACUCCCUUUCUCCAGAAAUUACUCGUGGCGUUAACUGUCUACUAACUACGCAUUCGGACUCCCUUCGAGAGCCCUCUCACAGGUUCACGAGAAACAUGUUUCAGUGCGUUUUUUUUGAGAGAGCGAGGAAAGUGCGAAAGAGACCAACGCGAGGUCGGGCAGUCAGGUCUGCGUCUUAAGGAGCAGGACAAGAAAAUACCUUGCAGAGUGAAGACUCGAAUUGUCGGCCGUUUUGCAGGGAGGUAAAAUCAUUUUUCGAACAAUGCGAAGCUGAUCCAAAAAGCAUGAUUGCUCCUGUACGUACACUCAAGCAUCCUUAUGAGGGAUGCAAAUGUCACGCAGUUUUUACGAGUGCCUCCUCGUCCCCGCCUGUCCUCCCUCUCACGCCUCUCCCAAUUGAACAGCAUGCCCAGCCAAGUACCUGCCGCGAAAAUGCAGAGAAUACAGAGACCGCGUUCACGGCUUUCAGAACAUUUCUGGAGUAUCCGGAAGUUGAGCCCGGUCAGUGGAGAGAUUUUCAAGAACGCUACUUUCGCUAUCUUCAGUGGGAGGCAGCGAAAGCAAAGCACUACAUUCCCUACCUCGUCUCGCCAGAGGUCGCAGAUUUCUUUCUUUCUGAAGAGAAACUCUCAGCCGGUCGUCCAGAAAAGACUCGAAACUGUCGAAAACGGAAACAGCAGAAACGCAAAGUGCCGCCUCUCCAGUCCUCUCUGCCGUCGACCGUUCUGAAUCUUCCUUCCGACUUGAGCGUUCAGGCCCUCGAGUUUCAGGCUCUCCUUCUUCGGCAGCAGAUCACUCCUUCGAGCUUCGUAGGGACAACGGACCUCAAGUGA